GAACGCGCACUCGCUCACCCACGGAGACCGACUGCGAUUGGAAGCGCGAGGCGGUCAGAUCGUGUGUUUUGUGUUGCUGCCGAGCACUAUCUUUUUACACGAGUGUAGAGGACUGCAAAGGGAAAAGUUUAUUUCAGAGACUCUCCAACUAACGGGCAUGGCCGCUCCCUGAUCCCCCUGAACGCCAGUUGUGCGGACACAGCAAGACAUGAGGAUCCACUUACUGUCUGUCUCCUGAAUAGCACAAGGACAGAUUGAGCCAUGACUGAACGGGAUGGCCGCUGUGAUUUGUCCAUCGCCCCGGGACAGGUGUAUAUUGAGGUGGAGUACGAUUAUGAGUACAAAGCGAAAGACAAACUCAUCUCCAUACGACAAGGCGAAUGCUACAUGUUGGUUCGGAAAACCAAUGAGGACUGGUGGCAAGUUCGUCGGGAGGAGGGCACCAAGGCUUUUUACGUCCCUGCUCAGUACGUCCGAGAGGUCCGACGUGCCCUCAUGCCACCACCCAAACCUCGAGCAAAACCCCCAAACGUUCUCGAGAUCACCCAUUGCAGAUCGUCGAAUGAAAAUCUCAACCAGCGUGCUCCCACGGAAAAGUCCACUUUCGGGAGGCCGCCGCCAUCAACAACACCUUCCCCUUUACCAGGACAACAAACCCCGCCAUUGCUGUUACGGGACAGCAAUCAUAACCCAGGGAUGAAGAGCGUUGUUGCUGAACUAACUCUGCUCAACAACAACAACCAUCAUAACUUCCACCACGCUAAUCCCACGCUUCCACAAGGGCGUGCAGAAUCUCCUCCACGAGAUCAAGGCUGCCAGGGCAAACUCACAGGUGGUUUGUCUGUAGACACGGAUGGCAGUGUGUCACCGGGAGAUGGAGUGGAGAAAAUGAGAAAUGACUCAGAAUCUGGAGACGAGCUCAGCAGCAGCUCGACUGAACACAUACAGAGCGUGUCUCUGAGCGGACAGGGUCGACCCGAGUCCCCCGUUUACACCAACCUGCAGGAGCUGAAGAUCUGCCAGUCUUCUGUGCCACCUGUGCCCUCCACUUCUCCUCUGCAUGUGCUGGGCGACUGGGAAACACACAAAGACACGAGCGGAAGGAACUUUUACUUCAACCGCACCACGCAGGAGAGAACCUGGAAACCCCCGCGCUCACGGGAUAACGGGGUCAGUCGAGGAGACACGUCCAACACUGGAGACAUGGAGCACUUGUCGUCAGAGGAGAACUGUCCCAGCACACAUUCCAGUCAGUCAGACAGUCAGUACGGCUCUCCACCUCGAGGCUGGUCUGAAGAGCUGGAUGAACACGGACACACACUCUAUGUGUCUGAAUACACCAACGAGAAGUGGAUUAAGCAUGUGGACGAACAGGGACGGCCGUAUUACUACAGCGCUGAUGGGUCUCGCUCAGAAUGGGAGUUACCAAAAUAUAAUCUCUCUCCUCCAAUCUCUGGAGAAGCUCCCAAGAGUUACAGUUUGGAAAGGAAGCAGCAGGAGCCCAUUGUGUUGACCAAAUGGAGACACAGCACAUAUGUGCUGGACAUCAGUGACAAGGAGUCUGUAAAUGCCAAACACAACUCUCCUGAAUCAGACUCCUGUCCAUCCUCACCAAAACACCCCUCUACCCCCUCAGAAAAGUGUGGUGUUCUCAAUGUUACCAAGAUCACUGAACAUGGCAAGAAAGUCAGGAAGAAUUGGGCCUCCACCUGGACGGUCCUGCAGGGAUCCUCUUUACUGUUUGCAAAGGGUCAGGGCAGCGGCACCAGCUGGUCGUACUGCCACAACGGUUCCUUUCCUGAACUCCUCCUUUCAUUGCUAAGUAACUGGAAGCGUUCGAUAAAGCCCCGGCCUGCAGUGUCUUAUACACACUGCAGACGCGCACGGGCCUCCUCUUUCGGAGGAAACCAGUCCAAACCAGAGUUCACUGUGGACCUCAGAGGAGGUUCGGUCGAGUGGGCAUCCAAAGAAAAGUCCAGCAAGAAACAUGUCAUUGAGCUAAAGACACGAGUUGGCACAGAGCUGCUGAUCCAGUCUGAGAUCGACAGUGUUAUCAAUGACUGGUUCAGAGCACUUUCUGAGACCAUCAACACACAUGCUUGGGAGUCCGAUGAGGCGAUUGAAGAGGACAUGCCCGAGUCUCCUGGAAGCGAGAAACAUGACAAAGAGAAAGACCCCAGAGACUCAAAGAAGAACAGAGUAGUGAAGAACUCCAGUAUGGAGUCGUCCGAGCAGAAGAAGACCAGAGUCAAGCUGAAGAAGUUCCUCACGCGGAGACCAACCUUGCAGGCAGUUCGAGACAAGGGUUACAUCAAAGAUCAGGUGUUUGGCUGCAGCUUGACUGCUCUGUGUCAGAGAGAAGGCACUUCUGUACCUAAUUUUGUGAAGAUGUGCAUUGAGCAUGUGGAGAACACAGGCUUGAACGUUGAUGGCUUAUACAGAGUCAGUGGAAACCUGGCUGUCAUACAGAAACUGCGCUUUGCAGUCAAUCACGAUGAAAAGGUGAAUCUGGACGACAGUAAAUGGGAGGACAUCCACGUCACCACAGGUGCUCUGAAGAUGUUAUUCCGGGAGCUUCCAGAGCCUUUGUUCACUUAUGCAUCCUUUAAUGACUUUGUUGAAGCCAUCAAAAACUCAGACUACAAACAGCGAGUCCAGUCCAUAAAAGACUUGAUCAAACAGUUGCCAAAACCCAAUCAGGAAACAAUGAAAGUGUUAUUCAAACAUCUAAAAAGAGUGAUCGAUCACGGUGAAGUGAACAGGAUGACGACCCAGAGUGUGGCUAUCGUAUUUGGCCCGACUCUGCUGCGGCCGGAGAUCGAGACGGGAAAUAUGGCCGUUCAUAUGGUCUAUCAGAACCAAAUAGUAGAACUCAUCCUUCUGGAGUACGAAAACAUAUUUGGCAGGUAGAAAAACAUCUGCAUAUGACACAAUGCAAGACGUUUAACAUCUCAUAUCCAUCGCGUAAACACUGCUGUGGACCAAGAGUGGAUUUACUGUGGCCUAUGACUGGAUUUACAGUGAACACAGAAAGGUUCUUUAUGCACUUAGCAUUUUGAGGAUAUACAUUUAUUUCCUUUUUUCUCUCAUUUGGUUCAUCGUUUUUUGGCUUAGAAUAAGCUGGAUGGACUUUUGGACGAUUAUGGAUGGUCUUUAGUCUCCAUUAUGCACUCUUUUUUUGGGGAAAAUGGGAAUAUUUUCCUAAGUUGGACACUGGAAUGUUUUUUUUUCUUAGCCAGUAUUGACGACUCGGAUGAAAACUGACUUCAAGAGUUCUUUGCAGUGAAAUGUUUCAAAGUAAAACUGAUUUUUGGGAUUUCAUUGAUUCGUACAUGUAUCUGAGGCUAUGACAGACUCGGAGGUUUUGUUUUCUUCAUUCGUUUUUUCCUGUGGAAUAAGCUAAAAGUGCACUGUAUUAGGAAACAGUAUUAUAUGACAAUGACUACUGACCUAUGGAUAAUGGGGUCGAUUAAAAUGAACGAUGAUUAGUAAUCAGUAUUAGAGCUGGAAUCCGGUUUCAGAUUUGAAGGAUUUUCCCCCCAGUUUUUUCACAGUGUCCACCAAUGUUCCAAUCCUCACUAAUGUCUACCAGAAUGGUUGUGUGUCUCUUGCUUCAGGACUUCACUCUACUGGAAAACUCACUUUUUCUUCACACACCGGAUCAUCCAAUAGGAAAACUAACGAACUGAGCCUCCCUUUAAUGAAAUAUCAGGACUUUCACGUGUUUGAGGUCAAAUCUGUGUUGUUUCCUUGAAAUAAAUGGACUGUGUCGUGCCGAGUUGUGUAACAGUAUGCCGAAAACCAGGUUGUUUUGCAGAUGUGAACCCGAUGUGUUGUGUAGUUUAAAAACAAGACAAAAAAAACCCUGCCAGUCGCUCUCGUAUCUCUUCAGGCUUACUGGAAAAAGAAAGGUGAGAUGCUUAGAUCGGCAUUUAGGCCUUACACGGUUUCAGAUCAAUACAGAAUAUUCAUCUCCUGUUUCCUGCUCCGCCUGUGGAAGGAGAGGAGCUUGAUAACAAAUUGACAGCAUGGUACUGGAAAUAGUCCUGCAGUUGGUGUUUAACUAAAGAUGCCAACGGUGGAUGGCAACUUUGUCUCGUUUUUAAGCAUAUGUACAGAUUACUUCAAUAUAAACUUGAAUUCUAUUGUAAAAAAAAAAAGAUACCAAUAAUAUUGAAGUGUGAUGGCUUGAAGUUGUGUGUCAAAAAAAAAAGAUCUCAUUUUGUUGAUGUACUGAUGAAGGAAAUGGAGUAUUGGAUGGGACGAGGGAGGGGUGAUGUCAUCACACAUUGUGAAUUCUGCACAUUUUGAAUGUAAUUUUCAGACUAACUGCUGUUUCUGAAAUUGAUGUCUAAUCCUAAUUAAAAAGACAAAAGCUCAUGGAUAAUAUUAAAGUGAUAAUGCCUGAGUUAUCA